UCCGGGCUCAGCCGAGCGCAGCGCAGGGAAGGGCUGGUUGGCCGGAGCGGAGCCGGAGCCGGAGGUGGCCGUGGCCGGGCAGGGCGUGGCUGGCUGGCUGGCCGGGGAAGCGAAGCGGAGGGAGCCAUGGGGGCGGCCCUGAGCACGUUGGGAAACAUUAUCCUGUUUCCAGCCUAUUUCGUGAUCGGUUUGAUCAAGCGACUUUUCUCGAAAUCAAUGCCUCCGAUCACGCUGGAAAACCCAGAUGUAAAAUAUGCAUUACGGCUGAUCGAUAAAGAGCAAGUCAGCCAUGACACCCGAAAGUUUCGCUUCGCCCUGCCAAGUCCAAGACAUGUUUUGGGGCUUCCUGUGGGGCAGCAUAUUUACCUCUCGGCCAGGAUCGACGGGAAUUUGGUGAUCAGACCUUACACACCGGUCAGCAGUGACGACGACAAAGGAUUCGUGGACCUGGUUGUGAAGAUCUAUUUCAAAGGAGUUCACCCCAAAUUUCCCGAAGGGGGGAAAAUGUCCCAGUAUCUGGAGAACCUGAAGAUGGGGGACACCAUUGAUUUUCGGGGACCUAGUGGAUUGCUCGUUUACGAGGGAAAAGGUGUGUUUGCGAUUCGUCAAGACAAGAAAUCCCAACCCGUUCUUAAGGAGGUGAAAUACGUCGGGAUGAUUGCAGGUGGAACAGGAAUUACUCCCAUGUUGCAACUCAUUCGAGCGAUUGUAAAGGACAAGGAAGAUCCCACCGUUUGUCAUUUACUCUUUGCUAACCAGACCGAAAGUGACAUCUUGCUGCGCUCAGAACUUGAGGAAGUACGAGCUCAACAUUCAGCCCAGUUUAAGCUGUGGUACACAUUGGACAGAGCCCCUGAGAAGUGGGAUUACAGCCAAGGUUUCGUGAACGAAGAUAUGUUGAAGGAACACAUGCCUCCACCCCAAGAUGACGUCCUCAUCCUGAUGUGCGGCCCACCGCCCAUGAUCCAGUACGCUUGCAUUCCCAACCUGGAGAAAUUGGGUUUCACCAAGGAGAUGUGGUUUAUUUACUAACUGGGAGUCAGGAUAAAGUAGAAGGAGGGAGGAGGAGGGGAAAGAAGGAAUGGAACUCUUGGGAAUAAAACAGGGUAACGGAAACUAACUUCGGUAAAUAGAAGUGGAACCGACGUUCAGAGGAAUUCCAACUCGCGCCCUCUUGUGUCUUUUUAAUCCUGGCAAGCGGAAGCCUCAGCUAGACUGAUUAACUGUGUUGUAGAUCCUACUCUUUGCUUUGCUCUUGUGUAUCAAAUCUUGUCCUAAGGCAAUUGAAGGAAGUUUGGGUCUUUUCAUCCCGGAUGGGCAAAUGUCACCUGGGCCUCUUGUAUCGCCAAAGAGUUUGUUGUGAGAUCCAGGGAGAGAAGUGAAGGAGGCGACUUCACUCUCCCUGCUGUUUUCUGCACCAAAGCUUUAAAUGCACACCUGUCUUUGCACCAACGUGUGUGUUUGUGUCCUUCUUCAUUUGCAUGGGGAAGGGGGAGGAGAAAUUGCUCGACAGGCCAACCUACAUAAACGUACUCGUCUAGCAAGCAGGGAAUUGAUUGGUUCUGUGCUUCCCAAAUUAUGGACGUGAAAGAGGGAGGUCCAAUCUUGAAAUUCUUAAUAGGGGCGCACCCCGUAGGACAGAAAUGAGGAGUUGGCCUCUACUCUUCCUUCGGGCCUUUGUUUGGGGAGAGAAUUUACAGCUGGGCUUUGCGUAGGGUCGAAUAAGAGUGUGUAUACGGGAGGCUCCCUCAACCGACCAUUGUCCGAAGGAUGGCCCUAAACACAGAAUCAUCUCCCAGAAACUUCCGGGGGGGGGGGAGGAAUGUCAAUUUGGUUGGAGGGAUUGAAAGAUGGACGAUGGGAUAGCCAGUUAGUGGAAUGAGAAGCAUCUAUAGGCCGGCUUAUCUUUUAAGUACACUCAAUGGUGUAUCAAUCUAAAAGCAGAGGUCUUCAAACUUGGCAGCUUUAAGACUUGUGGACUUCAACUCCCAGAAUUCUCCAGCCAGCAUAGAGUCUUAAAGCUGCCAACUUUGAGGACCCCUAAUCUAAAGGAAUUUCUUUAGCUGUUUUCCAAAGUUUCUGUUACGUUAUUCUAUUAUUCAAUGAUCCUCUUUUAAUUAGCUAAACAUAUACCUAUGUUUAUUUACAUAUAUGUAGAGGUUACAAAAUAUAUCCAUGUAUUGUUUCAGUAACCACUCAUGCUGGCUGGGGAAUUCUGGGAGUUUGAAGUCCGCUUAUCUUAAACAGACCAAGGUUGAGUUGAAGUCCACCUAGCUUCAACAGCCCAAGGUUGAGUUGAAAUCCACCUAGCUUGAAAAGCCCAAGGUUGAGUUGACGUCUACCUAGUUUAAACAGUCCAAGGUUGAGUUGAAGUCCACCUAGCUUGAAAAGCCCAAGGUUGAGUUGAAGUCCACCUAGCUUCAACAGCCCAAGGUUGAGUUGAAGUCCACCUAGCUUGAAAAGCCCAAGUUUGAGUUGAAGUCUACCUAGUUUAAACAGAUCAAGGUUGAGUUGAAAUCCACCUAGUUUAAACAGCCCAAGGUUGAGUUGAAGUCCACCUAGCUUCAACAGCCCAAGGUUGAGUUGAAGUCCACCUAGCUUGAAAAGCCCAAGGUUGAGUUGAAGUCUACCUAGUUUAAACAGAUCAAGGUUGAGUUGAAAUCCACCUAGUUUAAACAGUCCAAGGUUGAGUUGAAGUCCACCUAGCUUGAAAAGCCCAAGGUAGAGUUGAAGUCCACCUAGCUUCAACAGCCCAAGGUUGAGUUGAAGUCCACCUAGCUUGAAAAGCCCAAGGUUGAGUUGAAGUCCACCUAGCUUGAAAAGCCCAAGGUUGAGUUGAAGUCCACCUAGCUUCAACAGGCCAAGGUUGAGUUGAAGUCCACCUAGCUUGAAAAGCCCAGGUUGAGUUAAAGUCCACCUAGCUUCAACAGCCCAAGGUUGAGUUGAAGUCCACCUAGCUUGAAAAGCCCAAGGUUAAGUUGAAGUCCACCUAGCUUCAACAGCCCAAGGUUGAUUUGAAGUCCACCUAGCUUCAACAGCUCAAGGUUGAGUUGAAGUCCACCUAGCUUGAAAAGCCCAAGGUUGAGUUGAAGUCUACCUAGUUUAAACAGAUCAAGGUUGAGUUGAAGUCCACCUAGCUUCAACAGCCCAAGGGUGAGAAAGCACUGCACUAGAUUCUUUGCUCAACUGUUGUCUUGCCGCAAAAAUAAAAAAAUUUAUAUCAUGCUCCUUCUUGCUUAAAGUGAAUAAAACAGCCUUUCUACCUUUUUACUAACCAUACCGAGGCCGAAGAACACCGGAUCAGUUCAUAACAAACAGUUUUGUAUUGCUUUACCUGCCUACUCCGCUCUUUGAGUUUUUUUCAACUCUUUGUGGUAGAAAUAAAACUUUUUUCCCCCUCCCUUAA